UCUCGCAGGUGGCUGCUGUGGGUCGACUAAGAAGCGCACGAUAGUUGGCGGCUGGGCAUGGGCCUGGUGGCUGGUUACCGAUGUCCAACGGCUCUCCCUGGAAGUGAUGACGCUGAAUCCAAUGUGUGAGAUGGUGGAAACUGCCCAGGGUGUCCCAUUGACGGUGACAGGUGUUGCACAAUGUAAAAUAAUGAAGAUGAUGAACGUCUAUUAUUUUCACCAUCAGGCCGACGAGCUGCUCGGUACCGCCAGCGAACAAUUCCUGGGCAAAUCCGUGAAGGAAAUCAAGAUGACAAUCCUGCAAACAUUGGAGGGCCACCUGCGGGCCAUCCUUGGAACUCUUACAGUCGAGGAAGUUUACAAAGAUCGCGACCAGUUCGCUGCGCUGGUCCGAGAGGUCGCAGCACCUGACGUUGGUCGUAUGGGCAUCGAAAUCCUCUCGUUCACCAUCAAGGAUGUCUACGACGAUGUGCAGUAUCUACAAUCUUUGGGUAAAGCACAAACUGCCAGCGUCAAACGAGAUGCCGAUGCCGGUGUUGCUGAAGCAAACAGGGAUGCUGGAAUUCGAGAAGCUGAAUGUGAAAAGAGCGCUAUGGACGUUAAAUACUCAACAGACACUAAAAUCGAAGAUAAUGCUCGAAUGUACAAGUUACAGAAAGCCAAUUUUGAUCAGGAAAUCAAUACGGCGAAAGCCGAAUCUCAACUUGCGUAUGAGCUACAAGCUGCUAAAAUUCGCCAAAGAAUCCGUAACGAAGAAAUUCAAAUCGACAUUGUGGAACGUCGCAAGCAGAUCGAAAUCGAAACGCAGGAAAUUGCCCGAAAGGAUUGUGAACUGACGGCGACGGUGAAACUCCCCGCUGAGGCAGAAAGCUACCGUGUUCAGACGAUUGCCGAAGGAAAGCGUACUCAAACGGUGGAAAAUGCUAAGGCCGAUGCGGAAAGGAUUAAGAAGAUCGGAGCUGCAGAAGCUCAAGCAAUCGAAAUGGUAGGUAAGGCGGAAGCCGAACGAAUGCGGAUGAAGGCCAAUGUGUACAAACAAUACGGGGAUGCUGCUAUCAUGAACAUUGUGUUGGAAUCAUUGCCAAAGAUCGCGGCUGAAGUUGCAGCUCCAUUGGCCAAGACCGAAGAAAUUGUGCUAAUCGGUGGUAAUGACAGCACUACAAACGAUAUUUCGCGCCUUGUCGGUCAACUUCCACCAGCAAUCAACGCUCUUACCGGUGUGGACCUGUCCAAGGUCUUAGGUAAAAUACCUGGGGCAACGGCAUAAUAAACAAACGAUAACGCUAAUCGACCGUUGAGUUCGUUCUAGAAAACAAAAAUACGAUCACGUUUAAAAAAAAGUUUUUUUUUUCACACAAAUCAAGCAUCGCUACAAUGUAAAUUACUGAACAAAAUGGACAUCCACUAAACAGAAACAUUAGUGUGCUUGACUAUACAUCCAAACCUUUAUCUGUUUCGAGUGUUACCAGUGAAAUGAAAAUUUUCACAUAUCCGGAUUUUUUAAACCACAGAAAGAUGAAAACAAUCAAUAACAAAAACAAAAUAAAACCCUGUUUCCUUAGGGUUAAGCACAAAAAAGUAACCUCAACGGUCAGUUUAAUCCACCAUUAGAGCACACACACAAGAAUACUGCAUAGAACAUACAAUAUAAUUGCAAACAUUAAAGGGCUGCCUGCUGGAUUUUUCAUAUAAAUUUUAUGGAUUUCUGCAAUAUUUUCGUUUGUUCUAUUUCCAACAUAUUUUUUUAAGCGUCAAUUUACAAUUUGCAACUUUCGCAAAAUUACGCCUUUAUGUUAUGAACAAUACAAUUUUUUUUAAUUCUUUAAAGUUUGUAUUUAUAAUAAAGGGUGGAACGAACAAAUAGCAGUCACACAAAAUUGUUAAUAAAUUAUUCAUCUGUUUUAUGUUAUUCUGGUAGCUUACUCUCGCAUGAAGCCCUGAUAUUAUUGAGUUGACUCUAUGCUUUGCCAAAUACAAUACACAACCAAGAUCUGGCCAAUACAGCUUAGGGUGUCAGUUUGUAAUAAAAAGUAAUGCACAUUUGUUCAAACACUGCCCGACCUAAUAUUUAUCUUGAAAUUUUCGCCUGAUUUUUUUUUUUUUGCUUAAGUUGUCCUGAACUGAUUUCCAGAAGAGAAAUAGUUCAGGACAACUUACGCAAAAAAAAUAGUUGAAAUUUUCAAGAAAACUAUUUGGUCGAGCCCUGAACUAUUUCUCUUCCGGUUGCAGUACAAAAUUCAUAGCCAGGAAGCUGUUUAAAAUCAGCUUUCACGAAGAAAGCUUUGAAUUUAAUAAAUGCACGUGCAGAAUUUUGAAAGACUAGUACUCUUGUUUGGUAACUUCUUAAAAUGAACUGCAAAAUUCCAAAACCAAAAAUGGCAAGAGAUUUCGCAGACACACACCUUUGAAAAUCAACGUUUGUUAUUGUCAAAAGUGCACACUAAACAGAAAUGCACUAAAUUUGAGUUGACAACUUUUUACUCAUUCCACCCUGUAAUAAAUUAAAGGUCUGUAUCCACAAUAGUCCGGACACAUCAAAACUUAAGUAAAACACAAAUAUCGCAUUAUAUUUCAAUUGUAGUUGUUCAUUUCAGAUUCAUGGGAUAUGUUUUAAAAAUUCACAAUUCAAAAGUUAUUCGGUAUUUGCAUAAAAUUUUCGAAGAGAAUCGAUUAAUGUGCAUUGGGCCUUUUGAAUUGUUAGCUUGGAAUUAUUUUCUUUUGUCAUCCACAACAGCUUUAUUCGUGUAUCUUGCAACCUAAGGCUGCCUCGAACUGAGUACAGACUUAGGGAAAAUAAUAGCUCGGAACGAACCUAUGUCAGGAACGACUAUCUAGCCUGGUCAUGGCGCACAAAUGGUUCACUUACUAAUAACUUUUCACUCAGUUGUAGAAAUGUAUACAACACUCUAAAUAUUUCACACAUUUUUUUGUCAAAAAUUCAUGUGAAUGUGUUCAUAAAAUACAUGUGCCCACACAUUAACACGGAGCACUCAGACUUGCAUAUGAAGUUUAUAUGGGUACUCAGUGAGAUCUUAUUGUACUCUAUCAAUUAUGUCAAGUUAAAACUAAAACGCUGUCCAGACUGGAGAGUUAUAACAUGUUAUAACGGUUGUCAACUAAUUUCAAAACAGAAACCACCAUCAAGAUAGCGCUAUAACAUGUCAUAACUCUGUAGUCUGAACGUACUAUAAGGCUGUGUCCCAAUUGUAAGUUAAAAUUUAACUCGUAGUUAAAAGUAACAGCUGGAAACUUAUCGAUUAAUCCUGUUAUCCGAGUGUGGAUAUUUCUGACCGGAAAUCUGGUCGAAAAUCGGUGGAUCGAUAACACAGGAAAAAUAACUUUCUAAAUAUCACUUUUAACUCGGGCUAAAUUUAACUCGGCAAAUGGUACACAUCCAUCAAUUGAAUGAACAGUUCCAAAGAUCCAAUUGAGUGAAUAUUUAUUAACACAAUAGCAAUUUAUGUGGUUAACUGUGUUUACCAGGCAAGAGUCUGGUCAACCAAAAAUUUCAAGCAUGAAUUUUCAAAAGGACGUAUCUGAUUUUGUAAACAAAGAUUCAAACGCUAUUUUUCGAAACUCUUAGCUCGGCCGCAAACCGACACCAUCAGGUAGAGUAAAGUUUUCCCGAAAAUUAUGAUGGUGUUAGUCUGCGUGGGUUCAAAUCUCAGCCCGGGCAUGUCACGAAUGACCCAAGAAUGUGACUAGGUAUAAUUAAAAAAAAAAAAAAGAUUGUUAAAAUUUGUAUUUAUACCAAAAAUAUUGACAACACCGGAACUACUGGAUGAAACCCCAAUUUGGAACUACUUUUUUACUUGACAGAUUGUUGAAAUUUUUACGUGUAGUCAAUCUUCUAAAGCACUCUAAUUUACCGGGAAACAGACCAAUCAUUAAUAAUCAUAAGUGCUUACCGGAAAUAUGGUGAUCGUACUUGUAUGACGAUGAAAUGCAGCGCAGUAUUUCGAAAAAUCUGCCAACUUGUUUGGAUUGCCUACUAUUCUAGAUUAACAUUUCAACUGGUCCUAUCUGCAUUGAUGGAGUCAUUAAAUCGGUUUUCUCUUUCGAUAACUACGCCCAUCCAAACACAUUUCGAAUUACCACAUAGAGAUUUCUAAAGUAUGAUUGUGUCAUUGAUUUGUGUUCAUCGGGAAAAUUUUCCGCUAUGAUUUUUUUCCCGAUGAAAACAUUUUGCGUAUACGUAUACGUGACGUAGUGUGUGUACGAUAAACGUCAGCAAUCUCUAUAGUUUGAUGAUGGAUGGUAUUAGCUGUGUUUAAUGACGCAGCUCGCACUCGGUCAAAGAUGGCCAGACUUACUCAUUAUUUUCUGUCAAAAAUAACUGUCAAGCCUACCUCGAGCGACUAUAUACGAGCUUAUUCAAGCUUGCUCAAAGAUCACAAAGAAAUCACAUCGCAUUCGGUUCAACUUUGAAUGAAUGAACACCAGCACAGGCAAGGAACGCCAAUAAAGAGAUAGCAAGUUGUUGCGAUAUGUUUCGAUCUCUCAUGAAACAAAGCUAUAAUCUCGAAUGAAUACAACAGGGACUACUCUUACAUCUAAAUUAACGAAAGAGAAUGUCGUUGAAGAGAAUAGAUCAAGGCAGAUGGGACCAUUUGAAAUGUUAAUAUAGUAUUGCAUCGGUUAUUUUGUAAUAUUGAUGUAAGCGUAAGAAAAUUAUCGAAGAUUUUAUUCUACAAUACCAGCAACAUCCUUACUCCUUAGUGUUUGCAAAACAUCAAAAAAUCAAAUCUCACCAAAGAUCAAGAUCAUGCUUGAUUUUCGUAGACAAAAAUCAACAUUCAAACAACUGUGUUGAUAUUGCAAGCUAUGAUACCGCAGUUAGGAAUAUCGAGCUAACAAAACUCACCAGCUGCAAAUCUCACCAAACUGUGGUUAGAUUGAGUUUCAUGAUUUUUACUUUACACUCGAGCGCAGCAGGCUGGCAGCAGUAGCUUCGCGUCUACCAUCAGUGAAGAGUAAAGAGAGAUAGCAUUAUUAUAUCUUCUCUUUCUAAGAAAACGAGGUUCAACGGGAAGAGAUGAACUAGCCUAUGGCUAAAAAUCUCUCAAAUAAAGAAUAAAAAAAAAAAGGUGCAACGGAACCAUUUUUGCGUCGAUUCAACUCUCAGCUUCAACUUUACACGCUGUGAAUAGUCUCGCAAUAUUAAAGGAGCUUGUAAAAUCAAUAUUUAGCACACAGCAAAAACAUGUAAUUUUAAUCAACGGAAUUCAAGCUGAUGUAUGAAAUAAUAAUGUAAUAGCCAAUGGAUGUAAUUUUGUUCGCAAAAUCGAUGUACAUCGUACAACGUAAUAUUACACAACCGGCGGAAUGAUCUCUGUAUCACGCGUAUGACAGCGGAAAAAUAUCAAUUUCUUCUUUUCCUUUUUUAACGUCGGUCUCUGUUCCGCAAUCUAGUACCAAUCACCGACGUACAUCGAUUGCCAUCCAUUGACGGCAAUCGAAUGUGCUGGAAGGCAGCUUCCACACCUGCGUAGGAUAUCGCACCCAUUCAAACACACAUGGACCGGGACCAACGGCUUUACUUCCUUUCCGAAGGAAGACGUGACCAGAGAUUUUUAUGCCUUCAGAAAAAUCCCACCGGCCUCGGCUGGGAUUGAACCCAGACCCAUUGGGAUGUGAGAAAGCAGUCAUGCUUACCACUACACCACCGGCGCCGGCAAAAAGAUCAAUUUGCAAAUGAUUAUGUCAUGAUUAUGCCAUGAUCCUGAACGAUAGAUAAGUACCCCACCAUUUUUCAUUUUGCUUCCACAUAAGGCAAAAAAAUAUAAAAAAAGCCGGAAUUGGCAUAAGUCGUGUUCAUAAUUGCACUGUAAUCAGCAAAUCGGGUCAGAUAACUUUGCAUUAGUUUUGAGAUAUAUAUGUGAACCCUUGGUUCGAAAUUGUUAUAACAUUAUAAUAGUUAGUUAUAUGUGUAGGUGAUACUUAUUAUGAUAAGAUUAUCACGAUUCUUUAUCCUUCAAAUUGAUAUUUAUUGUAUCAUUAUGAUGUGCAGUCAAUAUUUCCUACGAAAAAUACCACAGGCAGCCCAUUUAUUUUUUUUAAAUAAAAUUUCAAACAAAAAUCAUGAUUGCAUUGUUUCUUUCACUAAGUUGGCAAUACGCUACCACCAAUCCAGAUUCGUCGGAUAAAGCGAGGGUAGCUACCAAUGUUCUAUCAAUGCUAUAAGGGUUCAUUUUUUAUUAUGUAGGUCUUUAUUAGUUUAACUCAACACGAUUGUCAUACCCAAUUUGCGAAUACGAACAGAACAUAUACACUGAACAUACGACAUCAAACAAACAAAACUACUGCCAGUAAGGUCAAAAAAAAAGAGAUGCCAUUCGAAAACAUUUGAUUUCUAUUGUAACACACCUUUGCUUCUCAAUCCACUAUUUUUCACUAGUAUUUAACUAAUUGUUGUGUUUGUAUAAAGUCUAUACCAUUGGGCAUUUACCAAUGAAAGUAACUGUCACAAGGAAGCACCCAUUAAAUGUGAACUUUUUUGUGUUAUGAAUGUUUUUCAACCCCCUUCAAAUAUAGAUAGCCAUUUACAGGAGCGAAGAGUAUCAUUGAAACGAAUAAUGAAAAAAGCACGAUAAUGCUAAAGCAAAUAAUUCCUAUUGUGUUCAACUUACAAACGAUAAUGAAAUCAUUCGUAUUAACACAUUCGACAGAAAUUUUAUCUGGAAAAUUCGCAAAGCAUUUAAUGAUCUAUCAACCCACAUUGUAAAUCUAAAUACAAAUCGUAACCCUUCUUCCACAUUCUACCCUCUUCUGUUAACUCAUUUCGUUUGGUCCACAUUAAUUCUAUAACUAUACGACUAUUCUCGAAGCCAACUUUUUUCUCUCUUGUAAGAAACAAACCUGUAGAAAAACAUUCGUAAGAUAGCGAAUCCUCCUAUAUGUAAUAGUUUACCACAGAAGCAAAUAGGUAACCAAGUAUGUCAGUAGAAAUCAAUAGUAAAUGCGAAAUACAAAAGCCCCUCCAUCAAAAGAGCAGGACUUCGAAAUUACAAAGAUAUUAUAAACUAAAAGUCGUCACUGUAUUAAAUGUCUUUGUCUUAAAGCGAAAAAUACACAGUGAAGAUCAAAAUUUUCUGUUACUCCCCUACCAACCUAAGCUAUGCUUGAAUCAGAUAGUACACAGCUAAUGAGAGUAACUCAGAGAAUGAGUAAAAUUUUUUGCUGUCAUUUUAUCUCACGCCAAUUUUACUCAGUUUCGUAAAAAGUGGAGCUACUCAGAGUUCUCAGAGUAACUAUGUCAAAACUUCAAAACUGAGUCAAAUUUGCAAGAGAAAAAAAGAGACUCAGUCUCUGAGUUACUUUCAUCUCCAGUGUAAAGAACAUCGUACCAUAGCAUUCUUAGAAUACAAGUUGAAUUUCCACCGCAUUGCUACUUAUAGAACGUCUAGCGAAAUGAAACACAUUCUGCUUCAACAAAUCAGCAUAGCAGUAUCUUUAGCUAAACUUCGGAUUACAAAGCAUUGCAUGCAUAACCUCUAGGACCGUACAAAUUUGCCGAAAAAAAAACAUUCAGCAAACUUGUUGUCAUUUCCGCUGUAGUAAGCAAAAUGAGUCGAAAUUACAUUGUACCCUAGUGCAAAAUCCACAGUGAGCCGAUUUCACAACCAACAAUGAGGAAAUAACUAAGGGAAAACAGAACCUAGUUGCAGAAACAAAUGUAUAUUUUUAUACUCCUUAUAUAUUAAAAACUAGGUGAAAAAAUCAAUAUACAAAAGGAAAGAUAUUGAAAUCAUAUUUUUGAAGUCGUGUAGAAUUAGAAUGUACUCUAACGAAAAACAAAAACUAUAUAGACACAAGCAGCAAAAGCAUCUCUGCUAUAUACGUCAACCGGUAAGAAAACUAUUUUGUUGUGUUCCUUACACGAGAGCUUUCUUUUCAACUAACAACUCGAAGAUAAAACAACUAAUUUAACACCUCUCUAAUAUUAAUAGGAUGUUACUACUUCACUAACUCACAUACGUUACUACUAACACCAACUUUAUUUGAUAUUAUAAGUUUCUAAAAAUUGGGGUGCUGGGUUUUAUCUUUAAAUAGAAUAUUUAAAAAAAAAGUUAACCUUUCAUAACCAAAAAAAAAAUUACACCUUUUAUCGACACAGUUUCCCUACCUUCAUUGAAUGAUCGAUCGAGAACGAAAGGUUGAACCAAAUAUAUAUGAAAUGCUUAACGGUGUUCCCAUCAGUCCCUAACAUGUUUUCCGAAAGAAGUGUGGAUGUGUAAUUCUGUUUCAAAGUAAUCGAUCAUAAUUAUCUUAGAAUUAAAUUCACUGCAGGUUAGCAAAAUUAUUUUCGUCGAAACUAAACGAACAUGUAAUCACAGUAACAAUGUUUAUUUGACAAUUUGUACUAAAACGAGAGUUUAAAGUGUAAAGGAAAACUUUUAGUAAAUAUAUAUUGAAAAUAUGUAACACGAUCUAAAUAAAUCAGCAUGUAAGGA